AUGUCUGCCCCGACCAAGCAAUUCCACCGGCUGUCCAUUGGGCAAAACAUGCCAGACACGCGGGCCCAGCACGCCAGAGCGGCCCGCGCGGGGCGGGAUCCUCCCGACGAGAGUGGCCGCGGAGACGACGGGGACGACAGCUCUCUGGCCGAGAGCUCCAGCGAGGAGGAUGAGAAUGAGGAAGAGGGGGAGGAAGGAGACGACGAUCAAGACGCGGAUGACAGCGACGACGAAGACAGCGAUGACGAAUCUACUAACGCUUCGACCAUCCGCACUCGCUCCGGCAUUACCUAUGACCUGACCCAUCUAGACUCCGAGUCCGAGGCCAAGGCUCUGGUAGGGUUGACGGGGCAAUUUGACGUGGUCAACUGCCGUGCUGUGCGCUCUGGGUAUGACUUCCAGUUGCUGGAUCGGCCCCGCGUGCACGUCGGCCGGGACUCGUUGAGCUGUACCUGCUCGACCUUCCAGAGCCGGCCGGGGGAGGCGUGCCAGCACAUCUUCUGGCUCCUCGACCAGCUGCAUGGCUGCUUCCUGGCGAAGCCCCCACCGACGGAGGUGGUGUUGGCCCGCGACGGCCGCGCGCGCGUCCUCCCGCCCAUCGAGGGCCUCCUGGACGGCCAGCUCGAGGCUGUGGCAGACCGACUGGACUGGCAGUACCUGCGGGCGGAAGGUGAUGGGCGCGGUGCGGGCAUGACACGCGCAGAAAAGGUCCGGGAUAUUCUGUCGGCGUUCAGCCCCGUGACGCUGCCGGAGGAUUUCCGCGGGGAUCUGGCCGAAACCACCACGCAGACCCGCACCGCCGAGCAGUGCGUCGUGCAGGGCGACUUCGAGGCGACUAUGUUCCGGCUGGGGGUGCACGACGACGGCGUCUUCAGCAGCCUGUGCAAGGCGAUGCCCGCAGGGGCGUGUGCCGCUAUCUAUUUCGACAAAGUCCAGGAGCAGUCGCGCCGGCUGCUGGCCGACUUUGAUCGGUACUGCGCGACAGGCGAGCGGCCGGCCGACGCCGCGGCGAGUCCCGGCGGCGGCGCAGUCGAGGUGCGCGAGGUAGUCGCGCAGCUGGGCCGGUCCGUGACGCACAUUCGAGCCAACAUCGCCGCGCGUGCCCCGCACGGCUCCGAGGGCGCCGCCAAAGCACUGGUUUCGAUUCUGGAAGCCGUCGCCGCGCGUAACAAGGACCCGCUCGAUGGCAACCGCUGGGGCCGGGUCUCCUUCCACGGCGAGGACGAGGACCAGCGCAACGUCUUUUAUCUGCUGAUUGGCGCCGCCGACCCGGACACCGACCCGGACAGCGGCUUCUUUGUCCUCGAUGCGCUGGAGGCUCUGCCGCCGGCGGAUCUGCGCCAGUUCGCCGAGAAGCUGCGCGACAUCUUGCGCAGGAUCGAGGUGAACCGUGCACCCAAGCCCUAUCUGCUGCGGCUGGGCGCGUUAGUUCGUGCGGCUGAGGCGGCUGGCGCUGGAGGCCAGAAACGCCCGGCGGCGGGGAACAACGGGGGGAAUUCGAAACGAAGUCGAUGA